AACAGAUACAGCCAUGGCAGACAAACCAAGCCGAGCUUUGGUGUUGUACGGAGAUGGGUUGGCCCGUUUCAUCGAUCCCUCACACACCCAUCUCCAUUCUCUCGCAUCCAAAGCUUCGUGUGGCUUCUUGAGCCUCCCAAAUUCUCCUGCCUCAGAAAGGGAGGAUGAGAGACUUGUGAGGGAGUUUGCAAUACUGCUAGAUGUAUGUGAAGCUUAUCUAAAUUCGGAUGCCAAUUCCACUAAAGAUGAAUUUCAGAACAAGUCCAUGAUUCCAACCAUAUCAGAAAGGUUCAUGGGAAUGAAAGCCGCCAUAAUCACAAAUAAUUCGACUUUGAAAUCUUUUGGUGUAAAAUUCGGUUUCUCCGUGUUACAGUACAAUGAGUUGAACAGAAUCAAUCAGCCCCGCGCUGAACCACUAGAAACUUUUGUGGCAUCCGAGUUGCUGAAGUUGCUUGGAUUUCAUGAAGGGAAGGCACUGGAUAUGAGCCAGUUUGAUUUAGUGUUUGUGCAUGUUGGGGCUGGUGAAAAGGUAAAUGAUGAGAAAGGAGAGACUAUUUCCAAUGACAUGGAGUAUUUCAAUUCUUUGGUUGGAGGUGUAUUGCAUGAAGCUCAACCUGGAUCUGAAAUAAGUUCUCGUCUGCACUUAUCUGUUGUGAUGAGCUAUGGAAGUGUCUUGGAAGAUGAUAAUAAUUCCAACUUGUCAGUUUUAAUUAACAAGAAUGGGAAAAGCUCCAAACUUGCACCACUAUUUCCUCGUCAAAGUUAUACAAUGAAAGGCGAGAAUCAACGAAAAGAUGUUAGGCACCAUUUCCCUAUGUUGAUUGCUCAGUGGCAACAUGCUGUGACCCGCAAGGAUAUGGCAGAGGCAUUUUCUUUUGAAGAUUUCAUGCAGCAUGGAGGGAAUCUUGUAAUACCAGCAGAUAGGUUUCUGCACGAGAUUGCCUUCAAGCUUUGGAAGGCCCCUAAGUACGGAGCAUGAAGAUAUAUAUAUAUAUAUAUAUAAAGACAGAUUCAUAGUUUUUAUGCAAACUUCGGACAUUAGAUUCAAUAAGAUUAGUGUGUAUCUGACCUUCGCCUUGGCACAUACACACCCAAUCAGGUUGCCAAUGCUAAUGCCAAUUAUGGUGAUGUUUACAGUUUCUGUUUUAUCUAAUAUUCCUUUACCAUUCUGAGUUCAA